GCCAAACUUUUUGAUGAGAGAGGGCCUUGCGCUGAUCUCGUUGCGGCGAACAACUCGUUUCCUCCUCCUGUUCAGUCACCUUAAUUCCAACAGCCCGUUUUCUUCACCUGCGACUGUGUAUUCAAGGGGCCCAGAGCCCUCCAUGAGCCUAACUUCACGCCUGUCCAAUUGGUUCUUUUCAGACAGCUCUGUCGGAAACACUGCUGUUGAUGCACAGCACAAUGGCUAUUCGGAACCGGACUUUGGUCUCGACGGCACACGACAGAAUAAGCGGCCUCGAACAAUGGAGAGAUUGGAGGAGGCGGAAGCCGAUUUGGAGCUGAAGAGGCCCCCAUACAUUCAUUCGAUGCUGGCUGGAGGAAUAGGCGGCACGAGCGGCGAUAUUCUGAUGCAUUCUCUGGACACUGUGAAGACGAGACAACAAGGCGACCCUCAUUUCCCCCCGAAAUACACCUCAUUGUCCGAUUCCUACCUCAAGAUAUUCCGGCAAGAAGGAGUGAGAAGAGGACUCUAUGGAGGCUUUACGGCAGCUAUGUUGGGGUCUUUCCCAGGCACGGUUAUAUUCUUUGGGUCCUAUGAAUAUUGCAAGCGACACAUGCUGGAUCGUGGUAUCAAUCCAUCCAUAUCAUAUCUCGCAAGUGGUUUCCUUGCCGACCUUGCGGCAUCCAUUGUGUACGUUCCGUCCGAAGUGCUGAAGACACGAUUGCAGCUCCAAGGUCGGUAUAACAACCCUUUUUUCAAUUCCGGAUAUAACUACAAGUCAACCUGGGAUGCAGCCCGGACAAUAGCUAGGACGGAAGGAUUUGGGGCAUUGUAUUCCGGAUAUAAAGCCACCAUCGUCCGGGACCUACCGUUUUCAGCACUGCAGUUUGCAUUUUACGAGCAGGAACGCAGGUUUGCUCAGAAUUGGAUGGAAACCCAAGACAUCGGGCUGGGCCUGGAAAUCUUCACCGCAGCCUCGGCGGGUGGUGCUGCGGGAGUCAUAACCUGCCCACUCGAUGUGGUGAAGACUAGGACUCAGACUCAGAUCAACCCCAAUGGUGCGAAGAACAGCCAGGCUUCACAUCUGGAAAAGACAGUCAAGAGCAGCCAGAAGCCAUGCACCAAAAGACAGCCGCAGACAAGAUUGAUCCAUUCAGGACCUCGAACGGUCCCCCAUUCCACUCCUACACUCGACACGUCCUCUGUGAUGGAAGGGCUGCACUUGAUAUACAAGACCGAGGGUAUUGCCGGCAUGUUUCGUGGGGUAGGACCCAGGUUUGUGUGGACGAGUGUUCAGAGUGGGACGAUGCUUGUCCUGUACCAGUAUUUGUUGAAGCAAAUGGAGCGGCUUCAGUCUCAAGAAGGAGCGGGAGUGAUUUGAAGAUGCCUUUGUGCAGAUCGUUUGUGAUUAUACAGCGCCAUGAUUCCCUGGCAGAGAAGAUGGAUGGGUGGAUGGUCGGAUUGAAUAUCUGGCAUUUGCAGGCGUUGAGAUAUAACGUGCCACAGCCACUAUACCGGGCUUGGAUGGCCGGGAAUACCCCCCCUUUGAAGGUAUAGAAAAGAGGAUGGAAGAUAGAUUGUACACUAACGAAGUCACAUUUCAACUCUAUGCCGUGGGCGGGGAUGUAGAGACGGAUAUGGGAAUACCGAGUACUGCGGACGGAAUAACAAAUAAUGGUUGUCGCGAGGCGCCUUGCC